GAUUGCCACUAAUGUCUCUGUAACACAUCGGGACUACAUAAAAGCCAAGCUAAACCGUUUGUUGGAGUGCUUCAGGGAACCAGCUUAGGUCAACUGUUUAUUCUUGCGAUUAACUGAAUUAGUUUCCGGUUUUCCAGCUUUCGAUGAUCAUGUUUUGCCAUAUAUAAGGAAGUUAUUGAGUCGGCCUCUCUUACAUUAUAGAGAACUCCAUUAAAGGAAAUCUUCAAGGCUGCAUGAGAAAAUCCUUGGGGGCCGGACAUAAACAAAGAAUCCACUACUGAUUGGCUGAAACUACAUCCACGUGUUUCACAAAGGGUUCAGCCCGGUUACUAAACUCCUUAAAUAUUCUCCUGAGAGAACAGAGACACACCAGAAUCACAAUCCUUGUUUCUUUCAUUGAUCUGAUUAAACCAAAGCUGGCUUCCAGCCUAUGAUCUUGAAUUAUCUGUAGCCUGGCAACAACAACAACAACAACAGCAACAGACAAAACGAAAGGGAACACAUUCUCUGGAGAUGAGUGGUGGAAGACUUCUCUAUGCUUUCGGCAUAGAGCCCGCUCUGAUGCCAGUUGACCAUCCCGCAUAUCUGAGCCUCGGCCAGCACCGACCUCUUUACCAGCUGCUGUCCAAGACUCCUCUGAUUCUCUCCCAGCGUCGUUAUCAGCCAGCCGACUGUCUUCCACGUAGUGGACUUCACUCCCCGCGUUCCUCUUCCCCCUUCCCUGCUUCCUCUUCGCAGCCCUCCUCUCCUGUCUCCUCAGAGCUUCGGAGCUGCUUCCGCAGGGAGGGCAGCGGUCUAAACAAGAAGCACGUGGUCUUUGCUGACACCAUUGGAUUGGCACUUACAUCUGUGCGCCAAUUUAUCCCAGAGCCAACUCCCCCUUCUUCUGAAUUGCCGAUGAAGCCCUCCUUUGCAAAACUGCAAGACCAACAGUCGCCCUCAGACAAUCUGCAGCGCUACAAGUUGUGCCUGGGUUUCCCUCAGCCAGCAUUCGACCUCAAAACCUUCCUCACACGAGGCAUGCGUGUGCAGUUGGAGAGCUGCAGCAUCUCAGAGAACUCCUUGAGCGGCAAAGUGCUUGUCUCCCAUGAAGGUAUUGAAGAAUCUGUGCAUGUAAGGGUGACCUUUGACUCUUGGCAAAGCCACCAUGAAAUCCCCUGCACGUUCCUGAAGCAGCAGCACUAUGGGGGUUCUGAUAUGAAGGUUUUUGCCUUUGACCUAAGCUUGCCAAAGAACAUUGAUCCAAAGGAGAGGGUUGAGUUUAUUGUGCUCUUCCAGCCUGGACCUGGCACAAUGCAACACUGCGACGACAACCAGGGGCAGAAAUACAGGGUGUGCGUGGAAACGGAUGGAUCCAAUGGUCACCAAGAGGAUGCUUACCGUGGAUACCUCACAAUUUCACAAUAUCGGCCUCUGCAAAUGAACUUCGGCACUCAGAACUUUACUGAUCCAAGGCGGACAACGCUUGACAUCCAGAACUCUUUCGAUUCCCAGCAUCUUCAGAGGAGUUUAUCAAGCAGAGUCAGAGAUUGGAGAGCUAUGAGCUCGGCCAUGCAAUGACAUUAGCCAACCCUCUCAACAGAACUAUGAGAACAUGUAAAAAUUGUCAGCAUUUUAAUAUUUAUUUAGAGUUAGGACUUUCUAAAAUCUCCAGUGUACGUUGGUCUGAAGACAACCAUGUGAUCACAAAGAACUAUUUGAACACCACAGAAUCUGAUGAAGGCUCAUAGUGUAUUGAAAUUAAGUUGCGCCACCAAAAAAAGCAAUUUAGGUUUAGUCAACAAUGCACACAUUCUGAAAGUGUUCCCAUUUGCAUUUUCUUUUCUGAGGUAGUGGCAUGAAAAACUGUAUGUUGAAAUUACCACCAAUACGUUUUGUCACAACCAGGGUUGCGGUCACAGAAAAUCACCCCGGUCAUUUUCUGUGAGAUCAGAUUGGCUCAAGCUGAUUGUGAAUAAUACAGGCAAUAUUGUUCUAAAUAAAUCCAUUUCUUACAAAUCU